AAAAAAGUAUGCAUUAUAGUUUAGUAAAACAUUUACAUAUUUUCCCUGUAAAUUGAUUUAUUUUUCUAAUAAUUAAUUUUAUUAAUGUAUUAUCUUCCUUCUUUCUUCCCAGAUUCCCCCAGAUCUUCACUGACUGUGACUCCAGACGGUCCUGUAUUCACUGGAGAGACAGUCAAUCUGAAGUGUGUGAUUGAGACUCAUUACAGUAGCUGGAGAUAUGAGUGGUAUAAAGACGGUGUAAUGUUACAGACGUCUGGUCGUUACACUGUAAACAGAGACACUCUCACUAUCAGAGGAGUAAUUACAUCUGAUCAGGGUCAGUACUGGUGUAGAGGACGGAGAGAUCAGAGACCAAACUCAUCACAGGCAAACUCUGUUUCUCUCACUGUGAAGGAUAAACUGAAGCCGACUCUGACUGUAAAACCCCAGAGUUCAGUGUUCACUGGAGACACAGUUACUCUGAGCUGUGAUGUGGGACAGUUAACUGGAUGGACAAUUCACUGGAGAAAAGACUCAAACCCUGAAUCCACGACUGAUGCAACUAAAACAAUCAAGUCUGUGAGAGACUCUGAUGAAGGAGAAUACAGGUGCAGAGCACGACGAGGAAACUACUACAGCGAGUUCAGUAAUACAGUUACGAUUACAGUAACAGUGAGACCCAAACCUGUAGUUGGUGUUGAUCCUGAUAGACGUGUGUUCAGAGGAGAGACGGUCACUCUCACAUGUGACAUACAGCAGACAGGAGUCUGGCAGUACAGCUGGUAUAAAGACUACAAACAAGAUUACAGCGCAGGACGAGACCAGAACUAUAAAAUCCCAUCUGUGGAUCCGUCUCAUAGUGGUGUGUACAGCUGUAGAGGAACUCAGACACAAGCAGCAACACACACACAGAUGAGUGACGGAGUUACACUGACAGUAUCAGAUUCCCCCAGAUCUACACUGACUGUGACUCCAGACAGUCCUGUAUUCACUGGAGAGACAGUCAAUCUGAAGUGUGUGAUUGAGUCUCACAGUAACUGGAGAUAUGAGUGGUAUAAAGACACAGACAGUGUAAUGUUACAGACGUCUGAUCGUUACACUGUAAACAGAGACACUCUCACUAUCAGAGGAGUAAAUACAUCUGAUCAGGGUCAGUACUGGUGCAGAGGACAGAUAAGAUCAGUCUCAUCACAGGACAGUAACCGAAUACAUCUGUCUGUUAAUGACUCUUCAUCUUCUCUUCUGGUCACUGCUGUGGUUGUGGGAUCGAGUGUUUUCUUGUUGAUCUUCAUCUCUCUGCUGCUGCUGUGGAGAUACAAGAAGAACAAAGAUCAGCAGCGUAACAUUAACCAGACAUCAGUCCCAAAUCAAUCUGCAGAAUCUCAACCAGAAAACUUUCCUCUACAGUCUGCAGAUUCUGAUCAGAUUUGUGACGUUGUGACUGAAGUGAAGAAGAGAGACAAAGGUGAUCCAGAGCCAUUGGCAGAUGUCACAUAUUCAGAGAUCACUGUCAAGAAAAACAAGAAAAACAUGGACAAAGGGAAGAGCAGUGAGUCUGGAGACACUUUGUACUCUGAACUGAAGCACAGCACAGACAGAGGUCUCUGAGUGCAGUGAAGACAACAGACGGCUAAAAGAGAUUCACAGCAGCAGACACAGUGACGCUUGCAUUGCUUCAGAAAUGAAUCUGAGUGAACUGCUUACACACGUGCUUGAUUCAGUUACUUUAGAAAUACAUAUACACUGAUAUCUCUACAUAAGCUAAACAAAUGUCUCUCUAGCAUAUUCAUUAGUUAGAUCCCCAGAUAAUUAAGAUCCAGCCCCAGAUGCUAGAUCUCAUCAGAAAAUAUCAGUUUGUCUGGUAGCAGAACCACCCCAAAACUGUAUUAACAGUCUUCUAUCAGAGAAGAAGCUGACUGAGGAAAAACCCAGAGAAGAGCAGAAGCAGCAGACGAAGUGAAGAAGAAGAAAAAGAAGCAGAGUUUAUUGAAUAAUCUUAGCUGUGUAUGUUUUAAUUCUCAGACUUCAUCUGACCAGAACAAAAUCAACAAGUUCUGUUACACCAAACUGAUCCACAACAACAUCCCACAAACCUUGAGUUUCCUUUCUCUCGGAUCUCUGAUUCAUGAAGACAAACAGCCCUUAAAACCACACAGUCAUAAGAAUAAACACCACAAGAACAAUAUUAUAAAAACAAUAUAAUAUACAUGACUAAUCAAUUAAUAUAUCAGUGGAAUGGGUAUUUAAUGACUAGAAUGAUUAUUAUAAAUGAGUAGAUGAUUAAACUGAAUGAUUAAAUGAUAAAUCACUAUAAAUGAAUAUAAAAGAAAGAAAGUAAAACACAACACAAAUGUACGAUUGCUUUCUCGAAUCUAAACACACACAGUUUGAUGAUCCUCAGAUUCUUCACAGAUGAGCUCUUAUGUUCAACACAACUCUGGGAGAAACUGAUCUAAAGUUAUUAUUACAUUAUUAUAUAAUCUCUGUGCUGCCAAUAGAACCAACAGAAUAAUAAAGUGUUUGAUUAAAGCUGCAGUCAGUAACUUUUGAUGCUCUAGCGGUUAAUAAACUGGGAGGAGCCAGAGGAGCUUGAUUUUUUCACAGAUUAUCUGUCUCAUAUUCUACUGUCAGGACAUAAUGACAGGUUUAACAAAUAUGUAAAAAAUAUAUAUUUACAAAAGUUACCUACUGCAGCUUUAAUAAUACAGUAGCUGUAAAUACAGUGUGUUAUAAAAUUGUGCCUGUGUUUUUGUCUAGACAAUUAGACUUUUAUUGAUUUCAUGUACUUUCUCAUAUACUGCUUUUUACAUUUAUUCAUUUUUGAAGACAUUUCAUAAUGCUGUUUUUUUUUUUUUUUUUUUUUUUUUUUUUUUUUUUUGCAGUUAAUGAAGUGUGAGAUUUAGAUUUGAUAAAUAUACACAUGAAAACCAACUUUUCUGUUUUGUUUGUUGGGCUUUUUCACAUUUUUUUACUUUAAGAGUCAUUUUAAUCAUAGAUCAGUGGAGCCUGUCCUCCAACAAAAAACGACCAUAUAGGUCGUUUUUGCAAGCACCUUAUUACGACCUAUAUUUACGUUUUAAAGUUAAGCGCCCUCUAGCGGGCCUAAAAAUAAUGACAGUAUCGCGUUGCGUCUGUCGUCAUGAAUUGACGUAUAACGUCAUUACCAAUCAAAACGCACGUUUAUUUAAAUUCAAUGUGUGGGCGUUUUACACCGAUCUCACAGUAUUUCCUUCAUAUUUUACUACUGUAGGUGGCUUAUUCGUUCGAAUGACCACACCUAACCCCACCCCUAAACCUAACCCUCACAGAAAUCAUGCUAAAUUAUGAUUUAUUGAGCAUAUACAUUUUCGUGCACGUCCAUUCCUGGGAUCGAACCCACUAUAGCAUGAUGACAUAUCAAGGUAUAACGCAAUAAUCUACUAACUGAGCUACACGAAACGCAAACCAGAGGGCAAAUAUAAGAGUACAAAACAUUAAUAUGAAAACGACCUUUUGCCUAUAGGAGCGCAAUUGUAGUAUACGCUCUGAUGGGUCGUAUUUCAGGGACUUGGACAAACGACCUAUACAAGCGUAUUGGUUGGAGGACAGGUUGAUCAGUGUAACAGAACUAAACACAUCAGGCUUUUUGCUUUAAAUGUUGAGAAAAUUUUCACUUUUUUUUUUCUUCUCCAGUCUCAGAUUGUUGUUCUUAUUAUGAAACAUAAAUAAAUAAACAGUCAUAUUUUAGACAGUUCAGUGCAUGUCAAAAGUGUUUUUUGGAGUAUUUUCUGGUUCUUCUCUGAUGCUGUAACUGAAAUGAUCUACAAAGAGAAAGCACAGUAACUACAUUCUGAGUAUUAAAGCAGAUUCUGAGGAUUAAGACAGUCUGACUCCUCGGGUUCUAUUUUU